GAAGAGUAAGAGACGUGUAUGUUUUUGGGUCACGCAAAUAACCGAUCCUUUCCCAUCGGAUUUGCAGCAGUUCGUAGCUUUCCAUUUCGAGCCCAAUCCGAAUGCUUUGCCACCACGUUCUUCCCCGCCAUUUCCUUCUCUCUCAGCUCCCAACAUGCCAAUCUUUGCUGCUACAACGCUCGGAUCUCUAUCUGCUCAUUCAUUUCUUUCGCUCUUAGCCUCCACUGAUGCUUCUCACUCCCUUUCAAGCUCCUUCGUUUUAACCCAUAAAUCCCCCUCUAAACGCCCUUCCAAUUUCGCCGCCAGAGUUUCCCUUUCCGGAAAACCGGAGCCCAUUGCCGGAGUUCUGGAAAGUUCGCCGUCAUCGCCGGAGUCAGUUCGACGUGCUCGGAGAUCUGCUGAUUGGAAGACAGCGAGGGAAUACCUUGAUAGUGGAUUUAUCUUCAAAGGUAGGAUUGAAGGUUCGAAUGCUGGAGGUUUACUCGUCCGAUUCUAUUCUCUUGUGGGGUUUCUUCCAUUCCCUCUAUUGAGCCCGGCUCAUUCUUGUAAAGAACCAUACAAGAGUAUCCAAGAUAUUGCAAAAAGCUUAAUUGGUUCACUUAUACCAGUGAAGGUUAUCCAAGCAGAUGAGAAAAACAAGAAUUUGAUCUUUUCAGAGAAGGAAGCUGCAUGGUCAAAGUUUUCUGAGCAAGUUGGUGUGGGAGAUGUCUAUGAAGCUAGAGUUGGCUCUGUGGAGGAUUAUGGUGCCUUUGUACAUUUACGUUUCUCUGAUGGUUUCUAUCAUCUUACUGGGCUAGUACAUAUAUCAGAAGUUUCAUGGGAUCUAGUUCAGGAUGUAAGAGACAUCUUAAGCGAGGGUGACGAAGUGAGGGUGAAAGUCCUUGAUGUUGAUAGGGACAAGUCGAGGAUCACAUUAUCAAUUAAACAACUCGAGGAAGAUCCACUUUUGGAAACAUUGGACAAAGUAAUACCGCAGGAUGAUUCUGCUGAACCUGAUUCGUUCGGACCUAAAAGUGACAGCGAAAUCAUACCCCUUCCUGGACUUGAUACAAUAUUUGAAGAGCUACUGCAAGAAGAAGGUAUAGAAGAUGUUCAUAUCAACCGACAAGGAUUCGAGAAACGGGUGGUUUCACAAGACCUACAGCUUUGGCUAUCAAAUGCACCUCCUGUUGAAAAGAAGUUCACUCUCCUUGCUCGUGCCGGGAGGCAGGUUCAAGAAAUACAACUGACAACAUCACUCGAUCAGGAAGGUAUUAAAAGGGCAUUGCAGCGAGUGUUGGAACGUGUCCCAUGAUUUGGAGACAGAGUUGAACAAUCGAUUUUGAAUGAAGCUGUCUGUAAAGAAGAUGAUAUCAAUUCAAUUGUUUCAAGUAAGUUGUAUAUCUUGCCUGGUCUCUACGUCUAUUCUAAUGGUAAAAGGUUCUUGUAAGAAGCAUGAAUGCUCGAUCAUUGUCUGAC